AUGAAGUCUGAGGGUGGUGAUCAUGGCCACACGAAGUCCAACGGCGAAGAUCAUGACAAGAUGAAGUCCGAGAACGACAACCAUGGCCACAUGAAGUCCUACAGUGGUGGCAACGUAAAGUCCGCGAACAAUAACAAUGACCACAUGAAGUCUGAGGGUGGCGACCAUGGCAACAUGAAGUCCAAUAACGACGACCAUGGCCACAUGAAGUCUGAGGGUGGCGACCAUGGCAACAUGAAGCCUAAUAACGACAAUCACGGCCACAUGAAGUCCGAUAACAACGAAUAUGGCCACAUGAAGCCUAAUAACGACAAUCACGGCCACAUGAAGUCCGAUAACAACGAAUAUGGCCACAUGAAGUCCGUGGGUGGUGAUCAUGGCCACAUGAAGUCCGAGAACAUUGACCAUGGCCACAUGAAGUCCAAUGGUGGCGAUCAUGGCAAUAUGAAGCCCGAGGGUGGCGACCACGGCCACAUGAAGUCCGAGAACAACACCCAUGGCCACAUGAAGUCUGAGGGUGGUGAUCAUGGCCACACGAAGUCAAACGGCGAAGAUCAUGGCAAGAUGAAGUCCGAGAACGACAACCAUGGCCACAUGAAGUCCUACAGUGGUGGCAACGUAAAGUCCGCGAACAAUAACAAUGACCACAUGAAGUCUGAGGGUGGCGACCAUGGCAACAUGAAGUCCAAUAACGACGACCAUGGCCACAUGAAGUCUGAGGGUGGCGACCAUGGCAACAUGAAGCCUAAUAACGACAAUCACGGCCACAUGAAGUCCGAUAACAACGAAUAUGGCCACAUGAAGCCUAAUAACGACAAUCACGGCCACAUGAAGUCCGAUAACAACGAAUAUGGCCACAUGAAGUCCGUGGGUGGUGAUCAUGGCCACAUGAAGUCCGAGAACAUUGACCAUGGCCACAUGAAGUCCAAUGGUGGCGAUCAUGGCAAUAUGAAGCCCGAGGGUGGCGACCACGGCCACAUGAAGUCCGAGAACAACACCCAUGGCCACAUGAAGUCUGAGGGUGGUGAUCAUGGCCACACGAAGUCAAACGGCGAAGAUCAUGGCAAGAUGAAGUCCGAGAACGACAACCAUGGCCACAUGAAGUCCUACAGUGGUGGCAACGUAAAGUCCGUGAACAAUAACAAUGACCACAUGAAGUCUGAGGGUGGCGACCAUGGCAACAUGAAGUCCAAUAACGACGACCAUGGCCACAUGAAGUCUGAGGGUGGCGACCAUGGCAACAUGAAGUCUGAGGGUGGCGACCAUGGCAACGUGAAGCCUAAUAACGACAAUCACGGCCACAUGAAGUCCGAUAAUAACGAAUAUGGCCACAUGAAGUCCGUGGGUGGUGAUCAUGGCAACAUGAAGUUCGAGAACAACGACCAUGGCCACAUGAUGUCGGACGGUGUUGACCAGGGCCACAUGACUACUGGCAUAAGUGAAGGCUACAAUCACGGCCACAUAAGUACCGAGGACGCCAGUCACGGCCACAUGAGCUCCGAGGGCGGAAAUUACGGUAGCAAAUCGCUCACUGCAGGUGAUGCGAAAGUCACAGGGCACUACGAGCCUGGUGUUACCGAACAUGACUCGACGAGACACUACACACCCGGUUUUACGCAUGAUGGCAUGAUUGAGCACCAUGAGAGCAGUGGACAUUACAAAAAUACUGAAGCGCACACGAUGAAAUCGUCAAGUUAUCCAUCCAAAGACAUUACGGGCACCUACCACACUAACGGAUCCAAGGACACUCACCCAACUGACGCGACUAAACUAGGUGGCACGGGAAACAUGACUGCUCCGUGCGACACAAUUGCAUCAGGUAACACCACCAAAACUCCGGUCGACCGCCCAGCUAGCACGAACCUUACGCUGGCUACACAGUGUGACAAAAUUGGUGACGAAGGCGGCCUUCAAGUUAACGCCGGUGUACAGUUCCUGAAUAUCGGGGUUAUCGUGUCCGUAGGCGCUGACAGUGUCCAAGCGUGCUGCAAUGCGUGUGUGAACACCAGUCUGUGUGUUGCAUUUAACUUCCAGCCACUUUUGGUAACCAACGUCUGUAUUCUGACCAAUUCGACGAUUGGUCUGACAGCAGGCGAACCGACCUGGCAGGCGGGUAUUGUUAAUGUGUGA